UUUUCCGUUCUGUUUUUUCUUGUUUUUUUACUCAGUAUACAGUAAGGAGGCAUUAAUCCGAGGGGCUUCAGGACCCUGGGAGGGUUUUCGCCGCCGCUCCGCUCCAGUCCUGUAGGUGUCGCUGUCUCUUAUGGUCACCAAAAAAACCGAGCAAAAACAAACGCAGGGGUUGGCGCGAGAGUUUCGGGAUCAUACCUGAAUCGCUGGAUUAAAAAAAUAAUAACCCUACAAAAAACAUUUAACACGUUAACCGAAGAGACAGUUUAAAGUAAACAGUCUGUAAUGUAAACUCUUUACGUCUAAGUAACUGCAAGUGUUAUCAUGCGUUCCUAGCGCGUGGGAUACAACGGUUUCCUAAUAUCCCUGUUUAUGUUGUUGAUAUCAGCGCGUGCGGACUGGAAACUACAUGCAAGUGACAAGAGCUGAAUGUAGAGAUGAUACUGUCUCCGCUACUAUCGCGGAAUUAAAUACGGAAUCCUGACACUGCGUUUUAACAGUCCCGUGAUAAUACUGUACUAUCUCCUCGUGCUGAUUAGUUAAAGCAUAAGAGCGUUGAAAGCUAUGGAUCAUAGUGCACCGAGUGAAAGGUCGCUUCCAGAAUGGAUGAGGAAGAAACAUGACGGUGAUGUACAAGCUCAGUCACGGGGUAUCUACAAAAAGAACAUCAUUGAGGAGGAUCUUCCCUAUCUGGAAUUUGGUGGUAGAGUUUUAUACAGCCAGGAGAAAAACGAUUGCUCAUUUUUAACAGAGGAUUUAAGAUCCUCUCUCACGCCUGGCUCGGCUGUGGGCUUUGAUUUAGAAUGGCCUCCGUCUUUCACCAAGGGGAAGACUAAGAAGGUUGCUUUGGUUCAGCUUUGCGCGUCGGAAGAGAAAUGCUACCUUUUUCACAUCUCGUCGAUGUCAGGAUUCCCUCCUGGCCUAAAGAUGUUUCUGGAGGAUGAGAGCAUCAAAAAGGUUGGGGUGGGUGUCCAAGGAGAUAAGUGGAAGCUGCUGUCAGAUUACGAAAUUACGCUGAAGAAUUUUGUCGAACUCUCUGAUUUGGCAAAUGAGAAACUGAAGUGUUUUGAGAAAUGGAGCCUGGAUGGGCUGGUCAAACACUUGUUCAAAAAACGGAUCUUAAAAGACAAGGAUGUGCGCUGUAGUCACUGGGAUGACUUUGGACUCACGGAGGAGCAGAAACAAUAUGCUGCAAUAGAUGCCUAUGCUGGAUUCAUAGCACACCAGAAGCUAGAAAGAAUGGUGGUGAACCCAGGUUCACUGAAAACUCAAGAUUGCUUGAAACAGAAGCUUUGCCAGAUUAGCAGAGAGCUUGAUGACAUUACUAGAUGUAUUCCUGAGGGAGUCAACUGCACGAGCAGAACUGAAAAGCUAGUGGACGACUUAUCUCAGCAAGUUGCGUCUCUUAAAGAUCUACUGGUAAGCAACCAAAACCUAGCAGAAGAACGUUUCUCUAAAGCCAGCAUGGAUCACAGUCCUAAAUUGCAGAGUGCUGAGAUCAGCACCAUGGGUCCUGAAGCCAAUCAGACAUCUGCAUCCAGAGACCAUGUAAAGCAUUCAUUGUCAUUGGAAGAGGAUACAAACGGCCCUGUUCAGACAGUACAGAGGGAAUGCGUCAUGUCCUUGGAUAUCACUCAGUAUGAGCUUCAGAUGCUGGAGAUGCAGGCCAGACAGGAGGAGACCGAGGAGCAAUCCAUUUUAGCUUUCGAGAAGGAGAAAUCGGCUCUGGAAGACUCUGCCGAGUUGUCAUACGAACUCGAGAGUGAUGAGGAUCUUGACAAUGAAAUGAUUGAGUGUGCUGAAAAAAUGGAGAAACUGAAUGAUAGUAUUGAAAAGCAGUCUAAUGAAGCUGAGGCCAUUGCUGAUGAUGAAGAUGAGGUUGUUGAAGAGGAUGAAGAUGAAGGAUUUGAUGCAAAUUUCCCCCAGCCAGCUCCUGAGCAUAUUAAAUGCCUGAAAAUGUAUUUUGGACAUCACAAUUUUAAACCGGUACAAUGGAAAGUGAUUCAGUCCGUGUUCGAGCAGAGGAGGGAUAACCUUGUUGUCAUGGCAACUGGUUAUGGAAAAAGCUUGUGCUUCCAGUUCCCUCCUGUGUACUGCGGGAACAUCAGCGUGGUCAUCUCCCCUCUGAUCGCACUAAUGGAGGACCAGGUGCUGCAGCUCCAGAUGUCCAACAUCCCUGCUUGUUUCCUCGGAUCAGCACAGACUAGUAAUGUACUUGCUGGCUUACAAAAGGGGCAUUUCAGAGUUGUAUACAUGACACCAGAAUUCUGCUCAGGAAACAUAAGUCUGCUUGAACAGCUGAAUAAAUCCAUCGGUGUUUGUCUGAUUGCAGUGGAUGAAGCUCAUUGUAUUUCUCAGUGGGGGCAUGAUUUUAGAAGUGCUUAUCGAGACCUUGGAAAAUUGAAAAGAAGGCUUCCAGAUGUUCCCAUUGUGGCACUCACGGCCACAGCAAGCCCCUCUAUUCGGGACGACAUAGCGAAGAGCCUCCACUUGGCAAACCCUCUCGUCACUUGCACGUCUUUCGAUCGGCCCAACCUCUAUCUGGACGUGAACCGCAAAUCUGGUGACAUCAUCCAAGACCUCAAGUCUCUCCUGGUGAAAAAGAGAGGAGGUGAUUAUGAAUUUGAAGGCUCAGCCAUUGUGUAUUGCCCAUCCAAGAAGGAAACGGAAAAAGUGUCAACUGCUCUGUCUAAGCUGGGCAUCAGCUGUGGCGUUUACCACGCAGGUCUCGGCAUCAAACAGAGGAAAGAGACACAGUAUCAGUUCAUGAGAGAUGAGAUACAGUGUGUGGUGGCUACCGUAGCUUUUGGAAUGGGAAUUAACAAGCCUGAUAUUAGAAAGGUCAUUCAUUAUGGAGCACCGAAAGAGAUGGAGUCUUACUACCAGGAGAUCGGACGAGCAGGCAGAGACGGACUGCCCAGUGCUUGCCAUGUUCUCUGGACACCUAGCGACAUGACACUCAACAGGUUUCUUCUCAACCAGACAAAGAGUGACCGAUUCAGGGGCUACAAAAUGGAAAUGAUGGCCAAAAUGGAGAAAUAUUUAAAUUCCACUAAGUGCAGAAGGAAGUUGAUCUUGUCACAUUUUGAGGAUAAGCAACUCCGAAAAGUCACUUCAGGUAUAAUGGGGACCGGCAAGUGUUGCGACAACUGCAAAGCUGGGCCCGUUAGAAGCCAGAGCCAGGACUGUUCAGAACAAGAUGUUCAGGAUUUUGGUGUGUGUGCCUUCCAGCUGAUGGGUGCAGUGAGUGCGAUGGAAGAGAAAUUUGGUAUAACAGCUCCCAUACUGCUGCUGCGUGGCUCAACUUCUCAGAGAGUUCCUGAUCGCUUUCGGCAGCACUCUUUGUUCGGCGCAGGCAGGGGUGUGUCUGAAGCCUGGUGGAGGGCGCUUGGCCGUGAGCUCAUCAGUGAGCAGUACCUCAUGGAGGCCUCUGGUUAUAAUAAGUUCAGCACGCUCUGUAAACUCACUCCCAAGGGCAGGACAUGGUUAAGCAAAGCCCAGAAUGAGAAACACAGAACCCUCCUUCUUCAACCUAACAGAGAUCUGUGUCAAAGAGUUUGUGUGCCGAAGAGAAAACAAGAUACAACACCCGUUGUGGUUGGUGUUCAAGACCAAGUAUUACGAAACACAACUCAGAGAACAAAUUUCAGGUCUCAGGUGGCUUCCAGUGCCGUGGUCACGAAUGACCGAGCAUCACAUUAUAGGUCAGAUCCUGGUUUGUCACCUGCUCCCAAAGCCACGCCUCAGCCUCCGGCAGUCUCUGCUAGAGAAACAGAGUUACAGGCCGAGCUGUACAGCAAGCUGGUAGCUGAGAGGCAGAAGCUAGCCAGCAUGAAGGACAUCCCUCCUGCCAUACUGGCCACCAACAAAAUCCUCCUGGACAUGGCCAAGUUAAGGCCCUGCUCAGUAGCCAAGCUGAAGCUGGUGGACGGCGUGUCUGAGGCUAAAGCAGCCAUGUUAGCUCCUCUACUCCAGACCAUCACAGACUUCUGCCAGACACACGGGCUGCAGGAGGCCGUGACUUCUGCUUCCUGCGCUGAAGAGACGCACAGUACACGGACAGGAAAAGCCUCAGCAGUGUCUCUGUCUGACAGUGCGGCCAUAACUUACAGACUUUUCCAGAUUGAUGGCAAAAGCAUGAGACAAGUAGCUGAUGCUCGUAGCUUGCCCUUGGCAGUGGUUGAGUCGCAUCUACUACAGGCUCAGAAGGCCAGCCGGACACUGGACACCGAGCGUGCCGGCCUGUCUUCGUCUCUAUUCAACAAUAUCACACGCAUCCUCGCCUCACCUCCUCUCAGCUCAAAUCUCAGUGACUUUAAGAAUAUUCGUGCUGUGGUGCCAGAGGACAUCAGCACUUUUCUCCUCAGGCUGUGUGUUGCUAAGCUACAGGAUGAAGGCUUUCCAAAGCCGCAGCCCAUUAACCUGCCAUCGGAACAGCACCAAAUCACCUGGAUAGAGCCUCAGGAAAAGCUUGUCCAGGCAGAUGGUGUUGCUAAAGCAGUCACUUCAGGGCUUCGAACACACCAGCUGGAGCCAGAGCAGGACAAUAUGGACAUGAGUGAUGAUGAACUCUUUAGUGAACUUCCCAUGCCUGAGGAUGCAGGGCCGACCAGCAGUGUUGCUCACUGUAAUGUAGAAGAUGCCAGGCCAUCUAAAAGUAGUGGAAUUGAACUGGCUUCAUGGAACCUGGAGAGCCUGGACAGAGACACUCAGGACCUGUUUAGUGAUUCACCAGUCAAGACCGAAAGCCAGGCGCCAAAGAGGAAGCUGCCUGACUGGCCAGAAGCACCGACUGACUCUCUUAAUGCUGCUGCAUCAAAAAAAAACAAAAAGAAGAAAGGACUCUUCAUGUGACUUUCAAUAAAACGCUACAAGUGUAUAUAGUUUUUCAGAAAUAAUUUUUGAGAUUUUUUGCAUGAAGAAGUGCACUUUUGAAAACAAUCUUUUGAUAUUUUCCUAAAUAAAUUGAUUUUAUUUGUCUA